AUGGUCAAGGCGUACUUGCGCUACGAGCAGGCCGCGUCCUGGGGCGUCGUCGCCUCGGGGCUCUCCGACACCGCGGGCGCGAUCGCGUACGUCCCUCCGGCGCCGAGAAACGUCGCCGAAGGCGUCGGCGUGGACAUCGCGCGUCCGGCGGCGGCGGCGAAAGAACGACUCGCCGUCGUCGCCCUCGAGCGCGUGGGGCUCUGGGACGUGAAAAAGGGCACGCGAGAGGAACAGUUGAUCCCGCCGAGGGCCACGGACGAGCGCGGGGCGACGUUGGCGCAGCCGAGGGUCACGGCGCUCGCGCGGUCGCCGGGCGGAGACGUCUUGGCGUGCGGCGGCGCGGACGGGAGCGUGCGGUUGUGGCGAAUAGGCGACGAUGCGUGCGACGUGACGCUGAGAGGACAUAAGAGAGACGUGACGGCGUUGCGGUUUUCGAACGAUGGAAGUCUGUUGGUGAGCGGAGGUAGAGACGCGGACGUCGUGGUUUGGGACGUCGCGGCGGAGAGCGGAGUGACGCGAUUGAGAGGACAUCGAGAUCAGAUCACCGAUUGCGCGUUCGUCGAUCUGAGAGGGCACCGAAGCGCAGAGUUGUUUGGACGAAUGUUAGUGACGACGAGCAAGGAUGGGUACGUGAAGGUUUGGGAUUUGGGAACGCGCGCGUGCACACAGACGCUCACGGGUUUCGACGGCGAGACGUGGAGUUUAGACGUGAAUCCGUCGCAGACGCGAUGCGUCGUCGGCACAGCGGAUGAUAAGUUACACGCAUUCGAUUGCGAUGAAAGGCGCGAUGGAUUCGAUCGCGAGUCGCCUCUGAUGGCGAUGGGGACGAUGACGCGCCGGGCCAAGGGAAGAGCGAUGACGGUGCGGUUUCACUCGUCGGGUGAAUAUCUCGGUGUGCAGGGUGCCGGACGCGGACUGGAGAUUUACAGAGUGCGCGGCGAUAAGGAGGCGGCGAAGAAGCAAAAGCGACGCUUGAAGCGCAAGAGAGAGAAGAUGGAACAAAAGGCACGCGAGGCGGAGGAGCUCGGCGACCUGGACGCGGCGCGCGAGGAACACGAAGAUGACGGCGCUCGAGCCGCACAAGACGAGCUUGAACUCGCGUCCACGGUGACAACGAAGUCUAAGAUGCGCGGCUUUGCCUUCUCGAGCGAAGUUUCGAAGCGAACAGACGUAAUGUGCAAAGUCGCCGUGCUCUUGGACGACAACGCCGUGCAUGAGUGGGAAAUCGUCGACGAAGGCGAGCCUGAGCGCGUGCACGCCAUUGACAGCUCAGGACAUCCGUCGGAUAUUCGCGCCGUCGCGCUUUCGCCUGACGACGAAACCGUGCUGUCGUGCUCCAGCAAUGGAUGCAAACUUUGGAACAUCUCCGACGGCGAGUGUUUACGAACUAUCAAGGGCGGAUACGGUUUGUGCGUCGCUUUCGCCCCAGGCGGUCGACACGCCAUCGUGGGUACGAAGCAGGGUACGAUCGAACUUGUUGACGUUAACUCUGGGGCUCAGCUCCCGGUCCCGCAGGCACACGAAGGCGCGGUUUGGGGAUUCGCCAUGCUUCCCGACGAUAGCGGCUUCAUCUCAGCCUCAGCGGAUAAGACGGUUCGCUUCUGGGAGUGGUCCUUGGAAAAAGGUGAAGACGGUAUGCGAACCCUUAGUUUCAACCACACGCGAACGCUACAAAUGGCGGAAGACGUGUUGAGUUGUCAAGUCACUCCUGAUGGGAAGUUGCUCUCCGUGUCGCUCUUGGACAACACGCUCAAGGUGUUCUUCGUCGAUAGCCUGAAGUUCAACCUGUCUUUAUACGGCCACAGACUUCCGGCGCUGUGUCACGACAUCUCGAGCGACUCUCAGUUGUUGGCGUCAGCGGGGGCGGACAAGAACAUUCGCAUCUGGGGCUUGGAUUUCGGUGACUGUCACCGGUCCAUCUUUGCGCACCAAGACUCCGUCAUGGCGCUCAAGUUUGUCCCCAAGACCCAUUAUCUGUUCUCCGUGGGAAAGGAUAAGCUGAUCAAGUAUUGGGACGCAGACAAAUUCGAUCCUUUGCUCACGCUCGAGGCGCACCACGCCCCGGUGUGGUGCAUCGCGGUGAGCACGCGCGGGAACUUUAUCGUCACCGGCUCCGGCGAUCGCUCGCUCCGAAUGUGGGAACGCACGGACGAACCCUUCUUCGUGGAUGAAGAGCAAGAGCGUCUACUUGAAGCGAAACUGGACGAGGGUAUCGACGACGAGCGCGUGCGACCGAACACUGAGCUCCCGGUCGAGGGUGAAGAGGGCAUGGCUGGACGCAAGACGCUCGAGACGUUGACCGCCGCGGAUGCCAUCGCUGAGGCGCUCGAGCUCGCCGAGCACGAGACCAAGCGCUUCGCGGAGCACGCCGCCGACAACGUCAAGGCGGGCGGGAAGCUGGCACCGUUACAGCCAAACCCUCUGCUCCUCGGUCAACAGCCGUCGCAGUACGCGCUGAACGCCAUCGCGAAGAUUCGAGCGAGCGAGCUCGAGCGCGCCAUCCUGUGCCUGCCCUUUGAAUUCGCGCACGCCAUCCUGGACCAUCUCUUCACCUGGCUCACAGCCGGUCAAAAAGUCGAGCUCACGUGCAAACUCGCGACGCUCGUCAUGCGCACCCACGCCGACCGCCUGAGUCGAGUGCCCGAGGCUCGAAAAACCUUGGUCGCCAUUCGCCCGCUCUUGCGCUCGCGCGCCAAGGAGGCGCGAGACAUCAUGGGUUUCAACCUCGCCGGGAUCAAAGUUCUAGAAAACUUCGUCAGAGACAACGCCGAGGUGCGCGGCGGCGACGACGACGGCGUUCCCGAUUUCGCGACCGAACGCGUACCGUUAUGA